GCUGGGUGCAGUUAGUGAGAAAUGAAUGGUACCACCUGAUCUGUGUUGGUAUGUUUAUUGCUUUGUUUACCUUUCAGAUAUAUCUUUAUCUAACCGCUGGUUGAGGCUUCACCAUGGACAACGUCACAAGAAGAAAAUACACUAAUAGGAAGGAAAACAAGGAGAAUGCUCAGCCCAAACACGAAAUCAAAUCCAUCAAAAGAGAAUUUCCUAAGACGACAACAUCCGCUGGUCUCCUCCAAGUGAAAAGAAAUGAGAAAGAGCAGACUCUGGGGAAAAGUGGUCCUCUUAAAGCCUCAGCAAAACCAGCAUACACAAGGUCAGCAUCUGGUGAUAUUCUGAAAAAGGUCAAGUCUGUGCAGAGAGAUAUGAAAGGAGUUGCUGUUGCUGCUGCUGCUGGUGGUGACGCCAAACAACGCCAAACACACAGCAGGGUCUUCCUCUCCGAUCAGGCUGUAAAACACAAAAAAAUAGCAGCAGAAGCUCCAAAGCCACCAGCUCCUGUGCAAUCAACCAAACCUGCUCCCGGCACGUACAAAGGCAAGGUGGUCCAGUCAAAAAUCGGAUCCAUUUGGAAGGCAAGUGCUAAAGCGGGUGGGGCAGAUCCGAAACCACCAGCACCCAAGCCAGAGAGCCAAAGGGUUGGACAUUUCACGAAAAGCAGGUCUAAAUCUGUUGUUGAGCUGCAAGGGCGUCGCGCACCAAAACCUGCACCGUCAAGGUCCAAGUCUGUUUCGGAUGAGCUCGCACAGGCGUCCAAGCCCACCGUCACCAGCCGUCCUCCUACUGCCUUCCGCUCUGCUCGCCCUCCUGUCAGAACCGUCCCAGCAACUCUAACUAGCACCAGCUCCAGAAACACUACCGCAGCUCUCACCAAGGCAAGUGGGACUCAGAGCUCAAAGCCAAAGAUUCCAGUGACAGACAAGAAGGUCAACAAGCCUCCUGUCACAAGCACCCUCAGCCAAUACAGAUACUCCAUGGAGACUGUAGAGGAAAGAAGAGCAAAACUGGCAGACUGGCUAGCCUCCAAGGGCAAGACUCUAAAGAGACCAGCUGUGACAGCAGCAGCAUCCUCUAAAACCAAAGUAUCAGCACCUGCAGAGCUCAAACCUCAGUCUCAUCCUCACGUUGAGCCUCAGCCUGUUGCACAGUGUGACCCCGAACCUGAACCCAGACUGGAAGCACAAAAGCCAGACUCUCCUGCUGCUGCUCUCUGUGCAGAUAUCCUGGGAGCGGGACUCACCACACACAGCCUGACUCCAGUGAUCAUGAACACCACCCUGGACCUGCUCGAAAACUCAGACGCAGAUCUGCCUGUUGACCCACAGGACAGAGUUGAUGAUAUUGUUGUGAAUCUGUGUUAUGCUUUGGAUGCCAUGGAGACGCCCUCUAGAUGCUCAGAUGAUCUUUCACAGGUGACAGAUGAGUGUAGUAAUGUUGAGAUGGAGGAUGGUAAACUGAAGGACGAGUGUGAAAAGGUGGAGCUGAAGGGUGAAACCUCUGAGGCUGUCAGCGAGCAGCCUAAGGAUGAGCAAGUGAGGGAUGGAGCAGAGGAAAAUGAUGAACAGAAGGUGGAGACAGAUGAUGGGGAGGAAGUAGAAAGCGAUGAUUAUGAAGAUGAUGAUGAUGAGAUGGAGAACAUGCCACAGAUGGAGGAUGCCUCAGUUGUAAAAUACAGUGUUAAGACCACUCCCUACUUGCAAAGUGUCAAAAAGACAAUCGAAGGCGAUGUCGGUGCAAGUGGAUCCAGGCGAAAGAGCAACAUCAAAGAUCUGAAGUUUCUGACUCCGGUACGACGCUCCAACCGCAUCCAGCGCAAAUCCUCCCGGCUGCCGUCGAUGCUGGUCGAUCACGACCUCUGCGUGUCUUCGCUGGCCGAGCUGGUGAAGAUGGAUGACGAUCCCAACGCUUACAUUUACAGAAAAAACCCUGCACUGCUGGAUGAUCUGCCAGACCAGCCCAGGCUGUGAGAGGGGGACUCUAAUACAUGUGUACCGCUUUUAACAAGGAAAAAAAAAAAAGAAGCAGAGAACUGUAUGAAUGUAUGGGACUGGAACUAACUGCCACUUUAUACUGAUAUUUAACAGUUUCACUAAUCUUAAUGCAUCUGUAAGUAUUUUAUAUUGUCACGCGUUUUAUCAUAUUGGGGGACAUACAAUUUCUGUCCAAGUAUUAUUGACUUUCCCCUUCUACUGUUGUUGACGAGUA